AUGCAAUCGGCCCUUCUGUGAGUUCUUCUUCAGAUUUUCAUUCUUUAAUUGCUUUUUGAAAUCUUUCAAAUGCUCAUAAUCAAAGGAUCUAGAGCUAGAAACUUUGAUUAGUUUUAAACUUUUUUUUUACUUCCAUUUACAUCUCAUGAAACCAAAAGCUCUAGAGUAACCACUAAUUUCUUUUUAGCCCUCAGAAAUACACUUUUAAUCUCCGAUUCAAUAUUUAGAAGUUUAGAAAAAACUAGCCCAUUUUUUCUCGUUCAAACUUCAUUCUAAACACGCUCUAGAGAAAAUACAAAAAUCUGCUCCUCAUUUUUGAACUUCAGCUUCUUAUUUUCCAUUACAAAUUUCUCCUAAACCACAAACCUUGGAAACAAUAAACUUGAAUUUUCAUCAAAAUACAAAAUUAUGACUGUUAAAUCCUUGGAAACCUCUGAAUUUCUAACAUUUUCAGCGUCUCGACCCUUCUGGCAGUCGCCAACGCUCAGUACUACCAGGUGAGAUCCUCUAGCUCACCUUUCCCGUCUUCAAUAAAUCUCUUUCAGUACCGAGCAUGUGCGAACCCCCCAUGCCAACUGGCACCAGGAGCCGUCAUCUCGCCGCCUCAGCCAGCCGGGCCUCCACCAUCACCUCCGGCUCAGGCUCCUCCAGUCCCCAUGUACAACCCUUACGGCUGCGCUGCUCCACCAUGCUACGCUCCGGCUCCUGCCCCUGCUCCAGCUCCAAUGCCAGCUCCAGCGCCGGCUCCGAUGCAGCCAUACUACGACCCAUACACGGCUUGCGCGACGCCUCCUUGCUAUGCUCCGGCCCCAGUUGCCCCAGCCCCAGCUCCGAUGCCAGAGCCGCCAAUGUACAACCCUUACCCGGCUCCGGCUCCAGCUCCAGUCCCAGCUCCGGCCUGUGCUGCUCCUCCUUGCUACAUCCCGGUCCAGCCUCAGGCUCCAGCUCCAGUCGUCGUCCGCGAGCCGGUGCCAGUGCCAGUCUACAUGCCUCAGCCGGUCUACCAGCCUUGCGCCGCUCCUCCGUGCUACCCGACCGUCCAGCAGCAGUACGCCCCCAUGUACGAGCCGUACAGCACCGCCUACCGUAGCCCCAUGAUGGCUCCGGCUUAUUCGCCCUUCCGCCGCACCGCUUGGCUCAUCGGAAGCAACAAGAACAAGGCCGCUGAGAAGAAGGUCGCCGUCGACGAGAAGAAAAAAGAUUGA